AUGCAUCCCCAAGCACUGUUCCACUUCCAGCUUUUCGCCUCUUCAGAGUUACCAACGGUGUCGAUCUCUGCUCGACCGGUCAAUUUGAGACCCACACCCUGUCGUUCUCCUUCAUUUUUGCGUGAUCUCCUAGCAACCCUAGCCUCCGUCACAGCUGUUGCUUUACUUGUCCUUUUCUGCUCGCGCGCUUAUGAGGGACUUGCAGUCCAGGGCCUUCGAAGCCGCAGCCUGGCCGGCGCAGAAGGCAGCGAUGCGUCACUUGAUAUUUGCGGCGUAUCUGGUGACGAAGAGAAUCAGCAACAACGCCAGAUUCCGCAUGGAUCCAGGUUGCCUGCUGGCGAGGAGCUGAAAUUGCCCCUUAAGAAGAGGCCGUUUUCGAGUGUAGCUGGGGCGGGUUUUGGUGAUGGUGGACGUGGUCCCCAGGAGCAGCAGCAUCCAUCUCUCCAUGGACCCGCUGGAGCCGAUUUACGUCUACCCCCACCCAGCGCGGCUCCAAGGCCAGAGCAGCUUGGCUACCCACAAGUCCUGGUUGAGCAGCCAGCUGCGCAUUUGCCUCCACUGCAAAUGCAGAUGCAGUUCGAUGUAGGCGUAGGGCAGCUGACGUUCUCCCCUAACAGGCAUCAUGCCUGGCAUCCUGCUGCUGUUGGGUGGGAAGGAGUGUAUGAGGAGUUGUGGAAGCUGCAGACACAGAUGUCCCGGCUACAGUGUCAGAUGGACCGGCUGGCGUGGCAGCUGCGGCGGAAACGGCGAAACAGGCGACAGCGGCAGGAACGCCACUAUCAUCAUCAGCCGCAGCGCGAUCUGUUCGAACAGCAACAACAGAUGCAGUGGCAGCGCCCAGAUUGGCAGCAAAGACAGACGCAUCCGCUAGUGCAACAGCAGGAGCAGCAGCGCCGGUUGCAACAAAGCGAUGAGCAGCAGCCAAACUCACCUACGGAGCAGCAAGUGAUGCCGCAAGACGUGCGCAAAGACCAGCACGAUCGAACCAGGCGGAAACGGAAGCGGGAGCAGCAAGGAGAGUCGGAGCUGCCGGAGAAGCAACGGGAGGGGAAUUUGCAACUUGCCGAUCCGUUCUCGGCGCCUAUGGUAGAAAAUCCAUGGCUUCCCCCGUUAUCUGAAAGGCCUCAUACACCUCAGCCCAGCACCUCGCAACCGGCGAUGCGGUCUACCACUGCUGGUGCAGCAGCAGAUCCCUCGACUGCCGAGGGCAUCAGCAUGCAGGUGAGUUCGGGAUCUUCGCAGCCUCAUGAUGGCGCAACUAGUCCAGCUGCAGCUGGGGAUUCAAAUUGUGAGGCUGAUGGAGCUGCUAUCACGGGGGAUGUGCCUGAAGCAGCGGCGCUGGAUAGUCCCACUGCUGGCGUGUCUCCUGCUACACCGACGACUGCCGGAGAAGCCAGGAGCUUGGGGGCGCCGACCCUUGCUGCUUUGCUGACUGUUGGCAGACCUGGAGUUGUAGAAUCAGCAGCUGUAGCAGCAGCGGCAUCAGCAAGCAGCGCCAUUUCCGCAGCUGCAGCGGAGGUGACAGAGGCGGAGCUGCCAGAGGACCCGGGGGCUAUUGGCAGACCUACUGCUGGCGUGUCUCCUGCUACACCGACGACUGCCGGAGAAGCCAGGAGCUUGGGGGCGCCGACCCUUGCUGCUUUGCUGACUGUUGGCAGACCUGGAGCUGUAGAAUCAGCAGCUGUAGCAGCAGCGGCAGGAGCAGACAGCGCCAUUUCCGCAGCUGCAGCGGAGGUGACAGAGGCGGAGCUGCUAGAGGAGCCGGGGGCUAUUGGCAGACCUACUGCUGGCGUGUCUUCUGCUACACCGACGACUGCCGGAGAAGCCAGGAGGUUGGGGACGCCGCUCCUUGCUGAUUUAUUGACUGUUGGCAGACCUGCAGGUGUAGAAUCAGCAGCGGUACCAGCCGCAGGGGCAGGCGCAGGCAGCGCCAUCCCCGCAGCUGCAGCGGAGGUGACAGAGGCGGAGCUGCCAGUGGACCCGGGGGCUAUUGGCAGACCUACUGCUGGCGUGUCUCCUGCUACACCGACGACUG